AGGUCCUUUCCAACCUAAAUGAUUCUGUGAUCCUUGUAAUAUUUCAUGCUCUGAAAUUGCUGUAAAUUGCUUUGACCUGUAACUAGUUUUUUCUCUCUUUUUUGGUCUUGGAGUUAGCCAAAACACCUCUUUGUGCAAGGCAGAGGAAUGCUGCAGAGCAGGAUGGUGCCUUCUGGCUUUUCUCAGGAGGGCUGUGAGAUGGUUGGGGAGACAACACCUGCUCUAGGGUGCCGGCAAAGGAAGGUUGUUGGAGGAAUCCAGGUAUCGUGCCAGCUGCGGGUGGCCGGAGCCUCCUGGGAUGAGCAGCAGUAAACGCAAAGCGCUGAAGUUAAAUUUUGCAAAUCCACCUUUCAAGUCCACAGCAAGAUUUACUCUAAACACUUCUGGAGUUCCUUUCCAAAAUCCACACAUAGAGAGACUGAGAACACACAGCAUUGAAUCAUCAGGAAAAUUGAAGAUUUCCCCUGAACAGCAUUGGGAUUUUACAGCAGAGGACUUGAAAGACCUUGGAGAAAUUGGACGAGGCGCUUAUGGUUCUGUCAACAAAAUGGUCCACAAACCAAGUGGGCAAAUUAUGGCAGUUAAAAGAAUUCGGUCGACAGUGGAUGAAAAAGAACAGAAGCAGCUUCUGAUGGACCUUGAUGUAGUAAUGCGAAGCAGUGACUGCCCGUAUAUUGUUCAGUUUUAUGGCGCGCUCUUCAGAGAGGGUGACUGUUGGAUCUGUAUGGAGCUCAUGUCUACCUCGUUUGAUAAGUUUUACAAAUAUGUAUAUAGUGUAUUAGAUGAUGUUAUUCCAGAAGAAAUCCUAGGCAAAAUCACUUUAGCUACUGUGAAAGCACUAAACCACUUAAAAGAAAACUUGAAAAUCAUUCACAGAGACAUCAAACCUUCCAAUAUUCUUCUGGACAGAAAUGGAAAUAUUAAACUCUGUGACUUUGGCAUUAGCGGACAGCUUGUGGACUCCAUUGCCAAAACGCGGGAUGCGGGGUGCCGGCCGUACAUGGCGCCUGAAAGGAUAGAUCCCAGCGCAUCCAGGCAAGGCUAUGAUGUCCGCUCAGAUGUCUGGAGCUUGGGGAUUACAUUGUAUGAGCUGGCCACAGGGCGAUUCCCCUACCCCAAGUGGAACAGUGUGUUUGACCAGUUGACACAAGUAGUAAAAGGAGACCCACCGCAGCUGAGUAACUCAGAGGAAAGGGAGUUCUCCCCAAGUUUCAUCAACUUCGUCAACUUGUGCCUUACAAAGGACGAGUCCAAAAGGCCAAAGUAUAAAGAGCUUCUGAAACAUCCCUUCAUCCUGAUGUAUGAGGAACGCACAGUGGAUGUUGCAUGCUAUGUUUGUAAAAUCCUGGAUCAAAUGCCAGCAACUCCCAGCUCUCCAAUGUACGUCGAUUGAUAUUGCUGCUACAUCAAACUCUAGAAAAAGGGCUGAGAGAAAACAAGCUGUAAAGAAUUUUCAUCACAUAUUGCAGUGUUUUUAAUGCUCGCCCAGACACCAUGUGCAAUAAUAUUGGUGUUAUUUCCAUCCUGUCUGUAUACUGUUGUCACAUAUAAAGUGCAUCCCUGUAAUACCUGAUCACACAGUGUUAGUGUUGGUCAAAGAGAGACCUCAUCUUGCUCUUUUGUGGACAUACUCAUGAAAUGUGGAAAUAAGUACAUUUAUUUGUUGACCGUGAUUGGAUAGCACCUAAAAUUCAUUUCUAGACUCAAAACUUGGAGACUUCUCAGCAGCUACUGGAAAGAUUUUUCUCUCAAACUCUUCCAAUUGUUGUUUCAAGUAAUAAUAAAAAGCAAACAAACAAAAGUUAGGCGUUGUCUGUCUGAACAUUAAGAGACUUUGCCUGGAGGGAGAAGAACUUGCUUAACCAACGAGAUGCUUUGCCUUCUGGAGCUAGAAAGGCAAAGGAGAAUUUUAUUCUUCACAAAGUGCAAUAGAUUUACUGCUAUGAAAUUCUGUUGCUUUACAGUCGCAGUGUACUUUCUGGGGACAGUGUGCUCAGCUGAACUUCCUGUUAAAGAGAGAUCAUGUUAAAUAUAGUGAAUAUGUCUUUACCAAAAAUAUGUUGCGUUGAAAGAGGCUAACAUUAAACUAUUCAGAGGUGGGACAUAAUGUAUUCUUUCUCCUUUUACCAAGCCAGCCACUCUUCACUCUUAACUAGGUGUCCUGUAAAUUGUUACCUGGUAAGAUAAGACCUUUGACCUGAAGAAUUAUUAAACUACUCGAUUGAAUUUAACCUGCUUGUGACCUGAUUUAUAGCUGCACAGUGCUCACCACCAGCUGGCUUUGCUCUGACUUCGACAAGUGCCAUUCACAAAGUCUGCAGCUGUUUUCAUGAGCCGCAAACAAAUGUCUGUGUUUUCUAGCCAGUAUUUCUCAUGUUCUUCACUGUCCCCAGCCCUGAUGCUAGCGCCUUUUCACUGACCCAGAAACCAGCCCGGCAGCGCUGCCACCUCCCAGCCCAGUGUCCCUCACAAGACCAAACCUCAGCGCUUCCCUCUCGGCACUGCAAGCAGGAUGGUGGGGAUGUCCCCCCGCCUUAAUGGGGGUCUCUGCCCGCCCCGCUGCUGCGAAUGCCACGCUCUGCUUAGCUUGCUGGAGACCUUGUUCACCACCUUCUGGGCAUAUUCAGCCUCUUUUGUGACCCUCCAUAGCUAUUGUUGCUGCGCCCUAGAGCGAACUUCGCUGAGAUUGUUUGGUGCAGAUAGAGAUGAGGUGGAGAUGAGGGAGUGUCUAAUGCCUUGUUGGCUUUUAGCUGACCCAGCAAGGCCAGGCAAGCUGUCAUCUUCUGGCCCAUUGCUGAGCAAAAAAGCGCAUCAGUCAUUGUUCUUAAAAAUUGGCAUAUUUUUCAAAGAUUAAUUUUUCCUGAAAACUUUUUUUUCCCCAAAACAUUGCAGUUUUCAAGC